AUGUCUUCCGCCCCUCAUAUUCAAGUCGAGACGAAAUAUAUUCCACCAUCGGAUCUCUCGUUGCCUGCUAUUUCUGUCCAGGUCACGCGCCUUGUCGGCUCUUACAUGCUCUGGGUAGGCACCACCGACGUAGCUGCCGAGGAUGUGCGGAAGGCACCGUUGCAGGGCCGUCUUGCGAAGGACUGGGCUUGCGCCAUGCCCACUAAAGAUGUGAGUACACCUGGUAUACCACCUGCUGCGACGUCGCUCUUCCGGUCAUCAAGUUCUGACGCCGCACUGCCAAUGGCGCAGCGUCUGGCCAGGCGCUUUGGAAAGCAGAUAUACCUGUCCCUCGACCUUCCACCAGCUUUCGAUUCUAUAGGCCAGGGUGCUCGGCUGCUUCUCGCGGUAGAGAAGGCGCUGCUUGAAACACUGAAGGAGAUGGAGCAACCCCAAACCCAAUGA